AUGAGAGAGCCAAUUGAUAACGAAAGAAUGAAAUCCGAUAUGCUCAAAUAUCAUGAUGAGUUUGCUACCUUUAUUGCUGUCACUGGUGUGAACACUGAUCGUUCGCAAUCAUCAAGGGCUCAUAAAGCAAGAGGUAAAUUAUUCAAGCUAUCAGAUUCUCAAUUCUACGAACUAAGUACGGAUGUGUAUGAUGAGUUACAGAGAAGAUUAGAUGAAGCUCAUGGUCAGCCAGAGCAUCUUCUACCAAAAGCUUCUUUUCAUGUGAAAAGAAAUCAAGCCAGAGAAAAACUGUCCAAUUUAACACAACCAAGGUUCUGUGAUCUGGCUACGGAUAUUCUAUUUGAAGUUAAAAGAAGAGGAUAUGACAGCAAUACCAUGGAAGCAGAACAUGAAAAAGGAAAAGAAGAAGAAAAAAUCGAUAAAAGUAGACCAGAGACUCAACCUACAUCCCCAAUACCACCAUCUGGAACUAUCCAAACUUCUCAUGUUAUUGCUAGAAAAGCCUCAUUGACUUGGUCAUCAGAUGGAGAAGAAGACAAGAAAGAGGAUAAACAAAACCUCAAAAGAGACUCAAAUGAACAUGAAGCAGUUCCUUUUGAAACCAGAGGUUCAGUCCAGAAGACAGUAUUACCAUAUUCUGAAAUAUAUAAUCCAACGCUACGUACACCAAAUGUUACUUCUUCAAUUUUUGAUGGUAAUGAUGUAGUUAAGCCACCAAAUCAAAUGGGGGAGACUAACGGUACCACCAGUUCACCUGGGUAUAGUAUAUUCAGUCCUGUUGAUAAAUAUUAUGCUUUUGAUAACACUGAUCACACAACUGAAUCUCCUGUUUUAUCGCAAGGUUUGGUGCCAAAUAUGACCGUAACAACCGAAGAAAACCAUGAAACUCCAUUUGUUGAUGUAGUUACUGAGAAGACACCAAUAAAAGCAGACCUAGAAACUGCAUUCAAAGAGAUAGGCUCUGAAGGUUCAAUUGCCGCUGAAGGAAUAAAAUUGAACGACUCAAUGGCAACUGAAGAAAAUGAUACCAAUAGUGUUCCUAAUGAAAGUAAAUAUGUUGAUACUGUUUCCAAUGAAAAUAACGACGAUAAUAUAGUUCCUGAUGAAAAGAAAGAUAUCAACAUUGUUGUAGAUGAGAAUACCGAUAGGAAUAUUAAACAAUUUUCUGAUCUCAAUGCUCAAAUUAGCGAACUAACGAUUGAAAACGAACAAUUAAAACAACGUAUUGCCGAAUUACAACUAUCAGAGAAACAAGCUCAACUUUUGCCAAAUAGUUUCAAAGACACUUUCAGCUCUGAAACCCAAUCUAAUAAUUUUGAUUUUCUACAAGAGAAUUCAUUAGUUAAAUUUGUCGUCGAUGAUGGUAACGUGCCUUACCAUUUAGUUGUUCACUUACAUUGCUUUAUUUCUGAGUUUUACAAGGCCUUAAAUCAAAAUGAUGAAGAAGACACUGACAAUAAAUUAUUUGAACUGUUAUUAAAGAUUUCUAAUUGCUCAAAAGAAAUAAUGGAUUUUGUCCCUAUCACAGAAUACCGUGAUGAAAUUACUGUUUUAAAAGUAUGUAUAUCUCAUUUAAUAAGUACCGUCAGAUACUAUUUGAUUUAUGGGAAUUUGUUACCAAAAAUUACAGUUCAAGCCUCUAUCUCUGAAUUAGCAAUUUCAUUCUGUAGAUUAAUUUCAUCGGCGAAAAUCAGAAGAUUAGAUGACGUAAGCACACCAGUUGAUGCUGUUUUUAAUAUAGAUGAUAAAUCUACGUUAAAUUCUCCAAAUGAUUCAGUAAAGAGCGGCACUAGAUCAACAUUAACUGCAAUUCCAUCACAUCUAACUUUGGAAACGAAAGAAAUAUCACCUGUUAAGCCUUUGAAGAUAACUCAAAAAGUAAAUCGUAAUAUUGCAAAUACCCCUCCAUCUGUUAGGAAACCAAACUCAACAAGUUUAUUCUCAUCAAUGAUGGAUACUAAAUCCACGAAACCAACAACUGCCGAGGUUAUAUCAAAUUCUGACAUUGUGGCAGAAGAAAACAUCGCUAAGCCAACAAAAACUGGCCUUGGCAUUCUAAAUAUUAACAAAGUUCAAGAUUCAGAUGAAAAUAUAGGCGAGACUGAACAUAUGACAAAGACUAAAGAUGAUGAAGAGGAUGAACUUAAUGAAACUGUAAAGGAAACUGAAGCAUUUGACAAUCGCGCAUUAAUAGCUCAAUCAGUUCCAGAGAUAACUGUGAAUUCAACUAGUUCUAAAGAAGAUUCUGAAUUGGAUAAAUCAUCAAAUUUGGUUGAUCCUUCCAUUAACGAUCUUGAUUCUAUGAGGGAAGUCAAGGAAGACAAGACUGACAAUGAAGAUAACCUAGGUACAAACGAAGAAAUAGAAAAUUCAGAAAUAUAUUUUGAAGCUGAUGCUUUUGAUGUUGAAAACCCUGAUAAUACAUUAUCUGAUUUAUUAUUUUAUGUUGAACAUCAAACUGUCAGUGUUAUAUCUUCCAUCCAAUCUUUACUACAAUCUAUCAAAGAACCAAACGUAACUAAAGGUAGUUUGAGAAAGGAUGCAGUUUCAAUUAAUUCCGUAAUUACUUUAAUUAUGAGUGCCACUUCUGCAGGUAUGGAGCAGAAAAGAAAUUUUAAAUUGAGGGAACAUUGUGGAUGGAUUAUUCAAAGUCUCGAAGAUUGUAUCACAAGAAUAACAACUCUUUGUGAAUUAGUAUCAGAAGCCUCCUCAGCUUCAUCAUUUAAAGAAAAUGAUCUGGCAGACAAACAAUAUAAACAACGUUUAGCAGGUAUUGCAUUUGAUAUUGCUAAAUGCACUAAGGAGUUAGUGAAGAGCAUCGAACAAGCUAAUUUAGAUGAGAAUUAA